UCUUCUGGGGCCCAGAGAAAUAUGAGCUGAUGCUAGGAUGCUCUGUGCAGAAAAGAAAUUGUUGGAGGCGGAGCGCAGAGUGAAGGCCAAUGACCGAGAAUACAAUGAGAAGUUUCAAUAUGCCAACAAUCGCAUCCAGACCUCCAAGUACAACAUCCUGACCUUCUUGCCUGUUAAUUUAUUUGAACAGUUCCAGCGGGUGGCAAAUGCCUAUUUCCUUUUCCUGCUGAUUUUACAGCUGAUUCCAGAAAUCUCCUCCUUGCCAUGGUUCACCACGAUUGUGCCGCUCGUGCUGGUGUUGGCUAUCACAGCUGUCAAAGAUGCCACCGACGACUAUUUUCGUCACAAGAGCGACGACCAGGUGAACAAUCGGCAGUCAGAGGUGCUCAUUGCUGGCAAGCUGCAGAAGGAAAAAUGGAUGAAUGUGAAGGCAGGAGACAUCAUUAAAUUAAGAAAUAAUCAAUUUGUUGCUGCUGACUUACUCCUCCUCUCGAGCAGUGAGCCCCAUGGCCUUUGCUACGUAGAGACGGCAGAACUGGAUGGGGAGACCAACCUGAAGGUCCGUCAUGCCCUGCCAGUCACAUCACUACUCGGCUCAGAUGCCCACCUGCUGGCGGAGUUUGAUGGGACUGUCUCCUGUGAGCCACCAAACAACACCCUGGAUAGAUUCUCUGGAGUGCUGAGAUGGGGAGAGGGCCAGUUCCCCUUGAAUGCCACCCACGUGCUGCUCAGAGGGUGUGUGCUGAGAAACACAGACUGGUGCUUCGGAAUGGUGGUGUUUGCAGGUCCUGACACCAAGCUAAUGCAGAACAGUGGCAGAACAAAACUGAAAAGAACGAGCAUCGACCGACUGAUGAAUACACUUGUUCUGUGGAUCUUUGGGUUUCUGAUCUGCCUGGGGGUUUUCCUGGCCAUCAGCAACUCCGUGUGGGAGCAGCAGGUGGGGGUCCGAUUCAGGCACUUCCUCUUUGGCGACGAAGAGGAGACAGAUUCUGUGUUCUCGGGAUUUCUGACAUUUUGGUCUUACAUCAUCAUCCUCAACACUGUCGUCCCCAUUUCCUUAUAUGUCAGUGUGGAAGUUCUCCGACUGGGACACAGCCACUUCAUAAACUGGGACCGGAAAAUGUAUUACCCCGCCAAGGAGGCACCAGCCGAGGCUCGCACCACGACACUCAAUGAGGAGCUGGGCCAGAUCGAGUACGUGUUCUCCGACAAGACCGGAACCCUGACCCAGAAUAUCAUGACCUUCAAGAAAUGCUCCGUCAAUGGGCGAGCCUACGGCGGAGAUGCAUACGAUGAGCUGGGAAGGAAGAUGGAGCUGGCUGGGGAAGCAAAGCCAGUAUUUCUCCAGUCCAAGGCCCAGGCUGACGGCAAAUUCCAGUGCUUUGACCACAGGCUGACAGAAGCCAUCCAGCAAGGGGAUCCCAAAGUGCACGAAUUCUUCCGCCUGUUGUCCUUGUGCCACACAGUGAUGCCAGAGGAGAAGGACACAGGGGAAUUGGCUUACCGAGUGCAGUCCCCGGACGAAGGUGCCCUGGUCACUGCUGCCAGGAAUUUUGGGUUCACUUUCAAGACCCGGACUCCAGAGACCAUCACGGUAGAAGAGAUGGGGACACAUGUGACCUACCAGCUGCUUGCAUUUCUGGAUUUCAACAAUGUCAGAAAGCGCAUGUCAGUGAUAGUUCGAAAUCCAGCAGGGCAGAUCAAGCUGUACUGCAAGGGAGCUGACACCAUUCUGUUCAAGAGACUGCGAUCUUCCAGUGAUACACUUGCCACAGUGACUGCAGAGCACGUCAAUGAGUUUGCGGGGGACGGGCUUCGGACGCUGGCCCUAGCCUACCGAGACCUGGAGGAGGAACAGUUGGUGGCAUGGCUGCAGAUGCUGGCCGAGGCCCGGGGUGCCCCUGCCUGCAGGGACCAGCUCGUCGCUGCUGCCUAUGAACAGAUCGAGAGGGACCUCAUGCUGCUUGGGGCCACAGCCAUAGAAGACAAAUUACAGGAGGGAGUCAUCGAGACUGUCGCCAGCCUAACACUCGCCAACAUCAAGAUCUGGGUCCUCACGGGCGACAAGCAAGAAACUGCCAUGAACAUUGGGUACUCCUGCAAACUGCUAAGUGACAACAUGAAUGAGGUUUUCAUCGUGUCUGGCGUCUCGGCUGGUGCUGUCCAGCAAGAGCUCAGGAAAGCCAGAGAGACUUUAUUUGGACCCAGUCAAAGCCUGCCAGUUGGGCUUGCAAGUGGGGAAAAAUUCCAGGAGCUGGCCCUGAACUCUCUCGUGGAGGAAACCAUCACAGGAGACUACGCUUUAAUCAUCAGUGGGAACAGUUUGGCUCAUGCCUUGGGGCCUGACCUGCAGCAAGAAUUCCUCGAGGUUGCCUGCGUGUGCAAGACCGUGGUGUGCUGCCGUGUGACCCCCCUCCAGAAAGCCCAGGUGGUGGAGCUGGUCAAGAAGCAUAGGAGUGCCGUGACCCUGGCCAUCGGCGAUGGAGCCAACGAUAUCAGCAUGAUCAAAACUGCCCACAUUGGAGUUGGCAUUAGUGGCCAGGAAGGAAUGCAGGCCGUCCUGGCCAGCGACUACUCAUUUGCCCAGUUCCAACACCUGCAGAGACUCCUGCUAGUCCACGGGCGGUGGUCCUAUUUCCGGAUGUGCAAGUUCUUGUGCCUUUUCUUCUACAAGAACUUUGCUUUCACACUUGUGCAUUUCUGGUUUGGCUUUUUCUGUGGAUUCUCUGCCCAGACCGUUUAUGACCAGUGGUUCAUCACUCUUUACAAUAUCGUCUAUACGUCACUACCAGUAUUAGCCAUGGGACUGUUUGAUCAGGAUGUGAGUGAGCAGAGCAGUGUAGACUACCCCAAACUCUACGAGCCUGGACAACUGAAUCUACUUUUCAACAAGCGCAAAUUUUUCAUUUGCAUGGCCCAUGGAGUCUACACCUCCCUCGCUCUCUUCUUCAUCCCAUAUUGCACCUUCUGCGAUACUGUGGGCAGUGACGGAAGGCAUAUCACAGAUUACCAGUCAUUCGCUGUCACAGUGGCCACUUCGCUAGUCAUUGUCGUGAACAUGCAGAUAGUCUUGGAUACAAGCUACUGGACGGUCAUCAAUCACCUGUUCAUCUGGGGCAGCAUUGCAAUGUAUUUCUCUAUCCUGUUCACGAUGCAGAGCACUGGCCUCUUCAAAAUAUUCCCCAAGCAGUUCCCGUUUGUAGGAAACGCCCGCCAGUCCCUGGCCCAGAAGAGUGUUUGGCUGGUCAUAGGCCUCACCACGGUGGUCUCGGCAAUGCCGGUGGUGGUGUUCCGGUUUCUGAAGAUGGAUUUGAAUCCAACACUGAGUGACCAAGUCCGACGCCUGCAGAGAGCCAGGAAGAGGGCUGGACCCCGUCCGAAGAAUGCUGGUCAGGCCCGGAGGUCUAGCUCCCGGCGGUCAGGAUAUGCUUUUGCACACCAAGAGGGCUUCGGGGAACUGAUCACAUCUGGAAAGAACAUGCGUGUGACGAUGCUGCCUGCCUCAUCAGGGCUGGGAAAGACGCUGCAUAAUGGCCCGAGCUGGAUUGAAAAUCUGCGCAAAAAAACUCCAGACGCAGCCACCAGUGUUAUCCAUGAGCACUUGGUGAAGCUGUGAGGCCCAAGUCAACUGAACUGCAUGGUUGGUGGUUUGCAAAGGUGCAGUGAUCUGUCACUGAGUUUAGGGCUGGGCAUUUGCUCCCUGAAGUGCCUCUCUCCCUUACCCCCCUUCCCUGCAACCCAGGGAGGCCUAAGCUGCUGAUCUCACCCUGAGAGGGAGUGGAGAGCUAGAAACACCACGAUGGGG